UAUUCUGACAACUACCACAAGUGCGUCUUCGGAAAUCCACCUUCGGGAUCGGCUUCUUAACGUCACUGGCUGCUGUAAGACUAUUUCCGCCGCGUUCCGCUACACCCGCUAUCUAGACAUCUGUUACCCUGAUCCUUGACAUCCCAGAAGCCCGCCUCGAUUUGGAUGAUUCUCUCAUGAUGCCCUAUGCUCUUUUCUAAAUUGCCGUUACUUCAGCGAUUCCUCUUAUUUAAUUAUUAGUGUGUAUGCGGGUAGCAUAUGUCUGCCACAGGACCCUCGGAUUCCCCAGCUCCCAGUGGACAAGGGGAUAUCUCAUCGAAUUCUCACGAUGAGGGGCAACUAUUAGAACAACAGGUAACAUCAGCGAGUUCCGAGCCAGUCGCAGAGUUGCAGAAUGGACCUAUUCCAAGUGAGGCCAAGGAUAUGAAGCAGAGCGGUAUGGAAAAAGAUAUGCAGAAUACACCACAAGGCGUAGCGACAGGGCCCCCCCAAUCAAUACCCACACCUUCAGCUGUCGAACCGCCGAGUACAACACCUGUCCAGCAAGAUUCGCUCUCCGGCCAGUUAAAGGGAUUGUCGAUUUCCACAACAACUUCGGAUCGUGUAUCAUCUCCAAACUCCGAUCGGCCCCCUCCCCCGCCGGAGAAAGACGAUGCAUACCUCAACAACUCAAAACCUCGAGCCGCGCUUUCUUCACAAUCACCAACAAAGACAUCUUCGGAAUGGACUGAGAAGGAAUUACCGGAAGUACCUGAGCGAGGAAAGAAGGUUGAUAAUGGCGGGGGUGACCGAGAUGACGUUUCCCAAUCGGAGAUUCAAAGCAUCAUGGAUCAGUUCCAGGAUCAUGCGCGUGGCGAAAGUGAAGAGCAGAUCAUGUCACCUCGACUGGAGUUAGCCGAGCAAUUCUUUGGUGGCCAAAGCCACUUCCCCCCUCGGCAAUCAAGCCUUGAUCAGUCAAAGGUGGCAGGAGAGAGUUCUCAGGCUUCCAAUGUUCAAGCAGGAGCGACAACUUCUUCUUUCGAGAAACAACCAGUAUCAAACUCUAAGAGCGGGCAAAGGAGAUCUGUUAUAGAAGAGCCGGCACUAACACGGCGCUCUUCCACUUCCACUUUACCUCCCCCGCCAGAACCAGAGCCUGAUCAACCUUUCGAUUUUCAUCGAUUUCUAGAGCAGCUGCGACAUCGCACUGCCGACCCGGUGGCCAAGUUCCUACGCUCUUUUCUCCAUGAAUUCGGAAAACGGCAGUGGAUGGUUCAUGAGCAAGUUAAGAUCAUCAGUGACUUCUUGGCUUUUAUCACCAAUAAAAUGGCAAUGUGUGAAGUUUGGCGUGACGUUUCGGACGGGGAGUUCGAUAACGCCAAAGAAGGAAUGGAGAAACUCGUCAUGAACAGGCUAUAUUCUCAAACGUUCUCUCCAGCCAUUCCUUCCCCACCCACCAUCCCAAGAAGUACAAGCCGGAGUAAACGAAGAGAAAUGGAGAGACUUCAUGGUCCUUGGAGACGCGGCCAGCACCAGGAAGAUAUUGAGCGAGAUGAAGUGCUGGCCCAGAAGAUCCGGAUCUAUAGUUGGGUACGUGAGUCACAUCUUGACAUACCACCAGUGAGCUCGCAUGGCCGUCGCUUCUUAACUCUUGCCCAACAAGAACUUUUGAAGAUUGGUACCUACCGGGCACCCCGCGAUAAGGUUAUCUGCAUCCUGAACUGCUGUAAGGUCAUCUUCGGCCUACUAAGGAAUUCAAAGUCAUCCGAUACGUCGGCCGACUCAUUUGUGCCACUUCUAAUCUAUGUGGUGCUGCAUGCCAAUCCGGAGCAUUUGAUCUCUAACAUUCAAUAUAUCCUUCGCUUCCGUAAUCAAGAUAAGCUUGGAGGCGAGGCUGGAUACUACUUGUCCUCUCUGUCUGGAGCCAUUCAUUUCAUUGAGACGCUGGACCGUACGAGCUUGACUGUGGACGACGAAGAGUUUGAGCGAAACGUUGAAGCCGCCGUCUCGGCUAUCGCCCAACAGAAUCGCGAAUCGGAUACGCUAGGGCCGAAGUCGACAGAGGGUUCGAGCCAACCGGCGCAAUCUACACCACGAUCUUCGGUAGAUGUGCCGCGGGGCCGGAAAGGGCCAACGCAAUCUAGUGAUGAAGACUCAGCACCAGUAACAGGGCUUUUGCGAACUAUCCAGAAGCCGCUAUCUACCAUUGGGAGAAUCUUCUCGGACGAACCAGACUCUCCGGAAGAACGGCAGGCGCAACCAGCGACGGCUUCGCCGGUCAGCCCUUCGCCACGGCUUAAUCCGAAUGUUUACCAGCCUCCUCGUAAUAGUGGCGAGGAGCGACCGUCCGGCGAAAAGCCUCGUAAUCCAUCGCAGCCACGGCGUACGAGGGCUUAUGAUGCUCAGGAUGCUGCUGCCCGUCAGGCUAGUGCUGAGGAUGCGGAAGCACGGAGGAUACAUCGUGUUGAGCACAACACUGUUGUAGAGACACUGUCGAACAUGUUCCCUAACCUAGACCGCGACGUGAUUGAUGAUGUUGUUAAGAUGAAGGAGGGGAGGGUUGGUCUAGCAGUAGACGCAUGUCUUGCUCUGAGUGCCGAGUGAACUUGGGCGGGGCUAAUCGGUAGUAGCAUAAUUACUAGAGUGGUGCAUUGCCCUUGCACUUUUCUUCUUCAUGAUAACUAUGUAGCAGUAGCUGUUCAUGUACCUAUUGCGUGCCUCAAAUACGGCACCUACAUGUAUUAAAGGAUGGUCAUAACUUGCUGUAGACAGCGGUGGCUUCAAUAUAUUUAUUAUGAAGA